AUGGCAGAUCAGAUCAGUGUGAGACUCGUGGACGACAUUCUCGAUGCCAUAUUCUGUAAAUUGGCGGCCUCAGAUCUCUCUUCAAUGUCGUUUAAACAGCUAUGUAUCCGAGAUUUUGGAGGAGAACGUACCCGAACUGCCAUCAAUCACUCUCGAAUGCAACCGAGCACCAUGAAAACGAACUGGCAAACAUAUUACUGUAUUCGAUAUAACGAGACUCUACAAAACCAUACCCGCCUAGUAAUGUCUCCAUUGGCACGUCUGCCACCUCCUGCCCAUGAUGAAGGAUACUCCGCCAACAUACAUAUGAACCUCGUGAAAUCACCGGACUUUGAAGACCAGUUUACAUACGCUUAUCGAUUUGUGCUCAGUCAAACAUGGCUGGAACUGAACGAAGGCUCAGCAGAUAGACCUACUCGUGGUGUACCGCGUGUCUUUAACGUCUUGAGAACAAACCAUCCGCUGAUCACACACGUCAUAUCAGCACAAUGUCCUCGAACAUGGCUGUGCUUUAUUCAGACGAUGGAAGUACUGGAUGUUGUCAAUGAGGGUGUCAUUGAGCUCGGAUAUAGAAGGCUUCUUGAAUGUGAUUCUUUUGGAAACCCUCACGAGAACAUUCUGGGGUGGCGAGAGAGUCAGUUGCUAGAUAGACUGUUGAGUAAACAGCAAACAUUAUUGCUGACUCAUCCUCAAGCCAUCGCUCAACGAGUCCGAGACGACAAAGAAGGAUUCACUCUCGCACGGCGCUAUGUCUACCAGAAUUCCAAGUUCUUCAUAAACCCUCUUGAAGAUGAGACACUACCAAUUUAUCCUUGGUUGGGUCCUUUGGAGAGCGUCAACAAUGUAGCAUCCCCAUGCUUUGGAAACCCAGAAAUUUGCAUGGUCCAAUGUGCUCUUGGAUUUUCGCGAUUAUUGGUAUUGUCUGAAACUGGUCAAAUCAUUCACAACUUUGCGGAUCCACCACACUCUCAAGGUGCUAUAAGGUCCUCAGCCUGGAAGAAGCUGCUUGGUAUAGGGGGCAGACCAUUCGCACGUCAAACACGUCAAUCACGAGCAACGGUAGAGUAUCUAUCGAACGGUGCCAUUAUACUUGGAUUGCCUGCCAACAUCCCGCUCUUCUUGACCAAUCCAGCAGCAUCUUCUUCGUCUUUAAAAAGUAAUAGUAGUGCUGAGGACGUUCUUGAAGACACCGAAGAUGAGACUUCUGAUACUGAGUUGGUGAUUCGUAUUAUCUGA